AUGAGAAGCAAUGUCCCUACAUUACCCGGAGAGAUCGAAGGCUCUGUUCAGGCCCACGACGAUGGCCAAACGAUCAGCGCAGGGAACCAAUGCGCGGUCUCUUCACAAACUCAGCCACCGGGCCGUCCUGGUGCCAUCGAUCAACAGCAACAAACGCGACUACCUAGCGAAAGCCACACCGCUGGAUCCGAUCCCGUGACAGUAUUGAGCGAUGCAAACAAGGGAACUCCAACUGAGUACUUCGGCGAGUCUUCGACUUUUGACUUCAUGGCCAAAGUCAGCUCUCCAGAGAAAGAAGCAUCGACUGCGCGGUCAGGGGUUCCCGCCGGAGGAUCUGCCUUGAGAGACCCCAGCACUUCCCUUGCAAUCUCGUCUUCAUCAGUACCGGUGUUCGAGCUUUUGAGCGCUGAAUCUGACGACCCAUUUGGUCUACCGUCGCGAUUCGUGGCUGAUCGUCUGGUGGACGCAUAUUUCAAAUACCGGCAUCCGCUGAAUCCCUAUCUGCAUGAAGGAACAUUUCGACAGAGAUAUCAACGGUUGUGGUUGAGUCAAGAUCUAGGUGGAGAGGAAGCCACACAGCAGAGUCUAGCCUGGUAUGGACUUGUCAACCUUGUGUUUGCAUUCGGAAGCGAUCAUGCCAAUGUCACCGGCCGUUCCACUGGUGAUCGGUCCCGUUACUUCAAAAGAGCCAAGACCCUGCUCGUGGCUGGACUGUUACAAGUCAGCACCAUCGAGCUUGUCCAAGCUUUGCUGUUGAUGGGUCAGUACCUCCACGGUGCCCUCGAGCUCAAUAAUUGCUGGACGGUUAUCGGACUUGCAAUCCGUACAGCGCAAGGGUUAGGGCUGCACCUCGACCCCGCCACCUUCACAUCAGAUGUGAUCGAGCAGGAAGUGCGCAAGAGGGUGUGGUGGGGCUGCUUCGUUCUUGAUCGAGUCUUGAGCAUGAAGGUCGGACGACCCACGAUUCCGGACGGCCCGGGGAUCGAGGUGGGUAUGCCACUGGCAGUCGACGACGAGUUCCUGUCCCGCGAAGAGGGUCAGUCUGUUCAACCUCAGGGUGUGCCUUCCAAGCUAGAGUACUUCAAUCAGGUCAUUCCGCAGUGCCGCUUGAUGGAAAAGAUCCUAAAGACUCUGUACAGCGGUGACGGGCCCGGAGACAACACGCAGAAGGCGAGACCAGUAAUGGAUACCACUCAAUUCUUGGCCUUGUCGAUCCAGCUCGACGGAGAGUUAACCACAUGGCAAGAAAAUCUCCCGAGUCAUCUCAAACCAGGAGCAGAGGGCUUGGAGUGGCACUUCGAAAGGCAGAGAAAUGUGCUGCUGAUGAGAUAUCUUCACGCGCGGCAUCUUAUUCACCGCCAGACUCUGCUCCUUUACAUCACACGUCGAGUCAUAGACCACUUUCAGCGCGAAAUCAUGCUCAAGUGUGUCAAACGCUGUGUAACAGCAGCUUACGACUCGAUCACUCAGAUGGGGAGCUUGCAUCAUCAGAACAAGCUAUCAUCAUUCUGGCACAAUUCGCAUUAUGUAUUUGCAGCCCUGGGCGUCCUCCUCGUUUAUCAGACGGUGGAUCCUCAAUCUAAGGCUGAUAUUGCUUUGCCUCCUAAUGUGGACGUCGACCAUGCGGUUAGAAUAGGCCUUGAACUGCUUCAGCGCGUUGGUGGCCAAAUGCACCCGCUUGCAUCACGAUAUGUUCAAGCCAUUCAACAACUGCGAGCGAGGCUGCAGACCUUGCCCACAUCCAAAAACAAGCCCCUAUCCAGAGAAGCGACCAAUUCUGACAGGCCCAGAGCGCAAUCAGGGGUCGCGUCUUCUGCUAAUGUCAGUCAGUCACAAGUAUCUGCUAAUGCUAUUGGAUAUCAGUAUCCUCAACAAGCGCAGCAUCAGCAAGCUGCCAAUGCCAUGUACCCUGCCUAUGGGCAAGAUGCAUAUCAAUCGAUGCCGGGGGAAGGGUCUCUCAGGGCCGGGUUCGAGGACGAGUUGGCAAACAUUGAGAGCAUGCUCAUGGACAGCACCGGCUGGACGGGCCUGAUGGACGAUUGGAGUGACAAUCCGGUACAUGCACCCUUGAAACAAUGA